AUAACAAUAUACUUGAGAUUAUGAAUCUCAAGUAUAACAAUACAGUGUUAGUGAAUGAACUGCUUGUGAAAAUAUUGCAUCUUAUUGCUGUCAACUCUCUUUUCUUUGCAGAUAGUAUUUAUCUUUCGCUAGAAGUGGAAUGAAGGAACAGACAAUGGGAAUACACUCAAGAUAACACUCCUGGACAAGGUGUCUUAUGGCUAUUUUGAGUUGAUUUAUAUCUGUAUCUUUUAUGAUUUUUACAUACAAAGGAUUUAUUUUUCUUUUGGAUAUACUCAAAAUACAAAAUUGUUUCUUGUUGGAAACUUUUUACUUUUGAAAACUAUACACCAUGGGAGACAUGGCCAACAACUCAGUGGCAUAUGGUGGUGUAAAAUAUGCUAUAAAAGAUUCUAAUCAUGGAGAUUUUGGUAUUACACUUGAAGAGCUUCGUACACUUAUGGAACUGCGAGCUGCUGAUGCUUUGCAUAAAAUACAAGAAUGCUAUGGAGAUGUAUAUGGAAUCUGUACAAGAUUGAAAACUUCUCCUAAUGAAGGCUUAAGUGGAAAUCCAGCAGAUAUAGAGAGGAGAGCAGCUGUAUUUGGGAAGAAUUUUAUACCUCCUAAAAAGUCAAAAACAUUUCUUCAGUUAGUAUGGGAAGCACUACAGGAUGUUACGUUAAUAAUUUUAGAAAUUGCAGCCAUAAUAUCAUUGGGCCUUUCUUUUUACCAACCUCCAGGAGGAAACGAUGCAUUAUGUGGAACAGUAUCAGUUGGAGAAGAAGAAGAAGAAGGUGAAACAGGAUGGAUUGAAGGAGCUGCAAUCCUCCUGUCUGUCGUUUGUGUGGUAUUAGUCACAGCUUUUAAUGACUGGAGUAAAGAGAAGCAGUUCAGGGGAUUGCAAAGCCGCAUUGAACAAGAACAGAAGUUUACUGUCAUCAGGGGUGGCCAAGUCAUCCAGAUACCUGUAGCUGACAUAGUUGUUGGUGACAUUGCACAAGUAAAAUAUGGUGACCUUUUACCAGCUGAUGGUGUACUUAUACAAGGCAAUGACCUCAAAAUUGAUGAAAGCUCGCUCACUGGAGAAUCUGAUCUUGUUAAGAAAGUGUUGGAUCGAGACCUUAUGAUGCUCUCAGGUACACAUGUUAUGGAAGGUUCUGGAAGAAUGGUAGUUACUGCUGUAGGGAUAAACUCACAAACUGGAAUUAUCUUUACUUUACUUGGUGCUGGAGGGGAAGAUGAAGAAGAAAAAAAGGAAAAAGAGAAAAAGGACAAGAAAAGUAAAAAACAAGAUGGUGCUAUUGAAAAUCGUAAUAAAGCAAAAGCUCAGGAUGGUGCAGCUAUGGAAAUGCAACCUUUGAAGAGUGAAGAUGGUAUAGAUGGAGAUGACAAAAAAAGAAAUAAUAUGCCUAAGAAAGAGAAAUCAGUUCUACAGGGGAAACUCACAAAGCUAGCAGUUCAGAUUGGCAAAGCAGGGUUGCUGAUGUCUGCUGUCACAGUCAUCAUUCUUGUAUUAUAUUUUGUAAUUGAUACCUUCUGGAUCCAGAAGCGUCCUUGGAUUGCAGAUUGUACACCAAUAUAUAUUCAGUAUUUUGUGAAAUUCUUCAUCAUUGGUGUUACUGUUUUGGUUGUGGCUGUUCCAGAGGGUCUUCCACUUGCAGUAACUAUCUCUCUGGCUUACUCUGUAAAGAAAAUGAUGAAAGAUAACAAUUUGGUCAGACAUCUGGAUGCUUGUGAAACAAUGGGAAAUGCAACAGCCAUUUGCUCAGAUAAAACAGGAACCCUGACAAUGAACAGAAUGACAGUGGUCCAAGCAUAUAUCUCUGAAAAGCAUUAUAAAAAAAUUCCUGAAGUGCAAGCUAUUCCUGAUAAAACCUUAUCAUAUCUUGUAACAGGAAUCUCUGUUAAUUCUGCUUAUACUUCCAAAAUCUUGCCUCCUGAAAAAGAAGGUGGCCUUCCUCGCCAUGUUGGUAAUAAAACUGAAUGUGCCUUGCUGGGAUUCCUUCUGGAUUUAAAACGAGAUUACCAGGAAGUUAGAAAUGAAAUACCAGAAGAAGCGCUCUAUAAAGUCUACACCUUCAACUCUGUUAGGAAAUCUAUGAGUACUGUGUUAAAGAACUCUGAUGGCAGUUUCCGGAUCUUCAGCAAGGGUGCUUCAGAGAUAGUACUUAAAAAGUGUUUCAAGAUACUAAGUGCUAAUGGUGAACCAAAAGUAUUCAGACCAAGAGACCGUGAUGAUAUUGUAAAAACUGUUAUAGAACCUAUGGCAUCAGAGGGACUCAGAACUAUAUGUCUAGCAUUCCGAGACUUCCCAGCUGGAGAACCUGAACCAGAAUGGGAUAAUGAAAAUGAUAUUGUCACUGGUCUUACAUGCAUUGCUGUUGUAGGCAUUGAAGAUCCUGUGAGACCUGAGGUACCAGAUGCAAUUAAGAAAUGCCAGCGUGCUGGUAUAACUGUCCGUAUGGUUACUGGUGACAAUAUUAACACUGCUCGUGCUAUUGCGUUAAAAUGUGGUAUUUUGCAUCCUGGCGAAGACUUCUUAUGCCUGGAAGGCAAAGAAUUCAAUAGACGAAUACGUAAUGAAAAAGGAGAGAUAGAACAGGAGCGAAUAGACAAAAUUUGGCCCAAACUUCGGGUACUUGCAAGGUCUUCUCCCACUGACAAACAUACACUGGUGAAAGGAAUAAUAGAUAGCACAGUUUCAGAGCAAAGGCAGGUUGUAGCAGUGACUGGUGAUGGAACCAAUGAUGGCCCAGCAUUAAAAAAAGCAGAUGUUGGCUUUGCUAUGGGCAUUGCUGGAACUGAUGUAGCUAAAGAAGCUUCUGAUAUUAUUCUUACAGAUGACAACUUCUCAAGCAUUGUUAAAGCAGUUAUGUGGGGGCGAAAUGUGUAUGAUAGUAUCUCCAAAUUCCUUCAGUUCCAGCUUACUGUUAAUGUAGUAGCUGUAAUUGUUGCUUUCACAGGAGCAUGUAUUACACAAGAUUCUCCACUUAAAGCUGUUCAGAUGUUAUGGGUAAAUCUCAUAAUGGAUACCCUGGCUUCACUUGCUUUGGCAACAGAACCCCCCACAGAAGCACUUUUGCUGAGAAAACCUUAUGGUAGAAAUAAACCUCUCAUCUCACGGACCAUGAUGAAGAAUAUUCUGGGCCAUGCUUUCUAUCAGCUUGUGGUUGUCUUCACACUGUUGUUUGCUGGUGAACAAAUCUUUGAUAUUGAUAGUGGAAGAAAUGCACCUCUUCAUGCUCCUCCUUCAGAGCACUACACAAUUGUGUUUAAUACAUUUGUGAUGAUGCAGCUAUUUAAUGAAAUAAAUGCCCGAAAAAUUCAUGGUGAAAGGAAUGUAUUUGAAGGAAUUUUCAAUAAUGCUAUAUUCUGUACUAUAGUUCUUGGAACAUUUAUUGUACAGAUAGUUAUUGUACAGUUUGGUGGGAAGCCUUUCAGUUGCUCUGAGCUUACAGUAGAACAGUGGUUGUGGUCAAUUUUUCUAGGAAUGGGAACACUUCUUUGGGGCCAGUUGAUAUCAACUAUUCCAACCAGUCAUUUGAAAUUCCUUAAAGAAGCUGGCCAUGGAACACAAAAGGAAGAGAUUCCUGAAGAAGAGUUAGCAGAAGAUGUGGAAGAAAUUGAUCAUGCUGAAAGAGAGCUAAGGCGUGGUCAGAUCUUAUGGUUUAGGGGUCUAAACAGGAUACAAACUCAGAUGGAUGUAGUGAAUGCUUUCCAGAGUGGAACUUCCAUUCAGGGGGCUCUAAGGCGGCAACCUUCCAUCGCCAGUCAGCAUCAUGAUGUAACAAAUAUUUCUACCCCUACACAUAUCCGAGUGGUGAAUGCAUUUCGUAGUUCCUUAUAUGAAGGAUUGGAAAAACCUGAAUCCCGAAGUUCAAUCCACAAUUUUAUGACUCAUCCUGAGUUUAGAAUAGAAGAUUCUGAAACUCAUAUUCCACUUAUUGAUGAUACUGAUGCUGAAGAUGAUGCUCCAACAAAACGCAACUCAACUCCUCUUCCACUGUCACCCAACAAAAAUAACAAUGCGGUUAAUAGUGGAAUUCAUCUUACGACAGACUUGAGUAAGUCUGCUACCUCUUCAUCCCCAGGGAGCCCACUGCAUAGUUUGGAAACAUCACUCUGAUUGUAUGCUGAAUGUUAACACACUAGCUGCAUUUAAAGAAACAUACUGAAACUGGGCUUUUUCCCUCAUUAUGAUGGACAAGAUGGUAUUCUUGUCUCGGACUUCAACAAGAAGAUAAAAUUGUACGAAUGUAGAUUUAUUUUUUUAAAAAGAAGCUUUCUGCCAGACUUCAGGGUGCUUUUCUGGGGAGGGGAAAGUGGGAGUAAUAAUGAACUCUGACAGAUAAACAGUAACUUGCUUAUGUGUCCUGUGGAUCAUUAGCUGUACUUAAGAAUGGCCCAUAAGAAUGUCUUACCAGAACUUAUGUUCUUAAUUCCUUUGAGGAGAGGGCUGGAUUGGGCAGAAGAGCCCAGGAUCACCAAAUUUAUAAUUUUCAUUUCUGCUGUUGGCUGUUAAUAAUUAUUUAUGUUUAUAAAUAAUGCAGAUCUGUUUACAAGGUUUGUAGAUACUUUUUUGUUCCUGUUCAGACAUGGGAAGUUUCCUUAUAAAUGAUGUAGAAAAAAUUAGUCCAUCAAAUACUGCUGUAUUUUCAGGAAAGGGUGUUUCUAUUGAAACUGUACUAAAAAUUUGCCUGCAAUUUACUUUGUUAAAUAUUGUAGAUAAAAUUGCUACUACUAAUAGCCAAAUAGAUAACACUAAUGCUUUGUAAAAACAUGAGCAAUGGUGUUCUAAUGAAGUUAUGGCCUCUGUCCUAAUUAGUUUCUUAAACAUUUACUAUUUAAUGGUUUUGAAACAAUUGUAAAAAUUUUAAAAAUUCAGAACUUGCUGAACAUGUUCAGAAUUUAAUAGAGGAUUGUUUAAUGCAGGACCUAUGAUGGAACUUGCUUGAAAUACUUCUGUUAUCUCAGGCAAAAUGGAUUAAAUCAAAAUACAUCAGAACCUUAGUCCUUUUUGUUUUUGUCUAGAAACAAUAGCUUGGUGAACUGUGAGUGGAGCUGUUUAUUUUUCUGACCUAAAUAUCUUUAUAGCAUGAAGGCUAUUGGUAUUUGGAAAGUUAUGAAUAGUUACCAUACACUGCUUUGAAAUUCAUUUGAGUUAAAAUAAAUCACCCCUUUUGAUAAAAUAAAUAUGCGGCAAUGUUUUUUACAGAAUCCAGCAUUUUUACAAAUAUUAGGUUUUGGUGGCUUCACUAGAUGCUAAAGAACAAAGACUGUGGACUGUUUCUGAUUUUAUGCAGAAGAGGUGCUCUGGAAUACGUGGAAGUAUGAAUACAACAUCUAUGUGUAACACUUUAAAGCUGCCAUGCAGUCCAAGAAAAAAAAAGUUGUAGACAGAUUUUCUUUGCAUUCCUGCAAGUUCCAAAACCCUUAUUGCUGAUCUGAUCUGAAGCACUGCACAGUCCAAUCCUCAUUCACAAGAGUGAGAGAGAGAAAUAAAUCACCAUAGAAACUUUUUCCACUCUAAAAAAAAAUAUGAAUAAAAGUAUGUUCUCCUGUAUGCCUAUCUUUGACAAUUUGUUUUUCUUAACCAAUAAUAGAAAGUGUCCAUUUUUCUUUUUGUGUUUAUUAUCAGUGUCUAAUUUUAAUUUUUGAUUUCUAAUGAUUUGGGAUAUUUUUUUUUCUUUUUGCCAAUAUAGCCCAUAGAGUAAGGAUAAAUAACUUACUGAAAAUAUAGCGCAGGUAAGCAGAAACAAGAUCCUCUGUGAUAAUAUCUUAUAUUUUCUCAAUCAUGACAGAAUAAUUUUCUACUCUUCAGAAUGAUCUUCUUAUAAUUUUUUUUGCAAAGAGAUGUAUAUUCCUCAUAAGAGAACCUGGAAUAUGUCUGCUGCUAAACCAGACAUUAACUUGUCAGGGAACUGAGCUAACAAAGGAAGAAGAGAAUGAAUGCAUUUUAAAUUUAGUAUAUAGUAUUUAAGCACCUCAAGAAUAUGAUAGUCACAUCUGUGAGCAUUAGCUUGUCUUCUGGGGAAGCAAUUUGAAACCCGUGUAAUAUUACAGCUAGAUUUUAUAAUUCAGUUUUCAAGUAAAAUAUACAGGGAUUUGAUAAUGGUUAAUUGUCCUUUCAUUGGACACUACAUAAGAUUUUGCAUAUUGUAUCCAAAUAUCAAUCAUUCAUUUUCUAGUUGGUUUGUCCUUUAUCCUAUUUAGAGAAGAUACUAUUUAUGCUGAUACUUUAUAUAGUAAUUAUUUUCAGAUUCUUAUUUUGUAAGUGGAUAAGAAGUAUGGUUUGGAAAGGUAGUAUUUAUGUAACUGGGAGAAUGAUGUAACUGCAACACACAUUGAAGAAUGAGAUGUAAUUGUUCAAACUAUCUCAGCUGUGUAUGAUUCAUUAUAGUUGUUAUUUUUAAAACUUGUUAUUUGGAAAGAUUUUUCUUUUAAUGGUAAUAAUCAUUAUUUGAAUGUCCAAACUCUAGAGUUAAUUCUACAGGUCAUACCUCAAGGAGAAAUUUAAUUUACUCACAAAUUAACUUUUUCAAUCCUGUUGACUGCAGUACAUUGAGUCUUAAUAGUAAGUGUAAUCUAAUACCAAGGAUAUUUGUUCUAUAAUUUUACUACUAUGAAAGCAACAUAAUUUCAUUAUUUAUUAAAGUAGUUAUUACUGCUUCUCAAUUACUGACCCCACAUUGCUUUUCCGGGUUGUAAGGCUUACUUUCAUUUUGCUUGAUGUAACUUAAAUAAAUAAAUAUGCUGUUUAUCUGUCUCUGGAUGGGGACU